AUGAGUGUGGACAUCGACACAUUCCUCCGUCAGAACGAGUCUGCCUAUGAUGCAGGCUACUCGCACGACAUGGACGACUCUAGCCACAACAGAUUGGAGAUGGACGACUUCAAGAUCCACGACGACUAUAACGACACCUUGGGCCUUGAUGUCUUCGGCAGCAACAACGUGAACAGUGGCCAUGGUAUCCUCUCUUUCUCCAACAACAUUGCUCAACAACCCUUCAUUGCUCCUUCCAAUAUCGAUGGCUACAUGUCCUUGCAGAACACGGACAACGGUCAUGAGUACCAAACUUUCGCUGCUCCUUUUGAUGUCGACGGACAUGCUACUGCUCAGAAGUUGCAGUAUGGCAACGACUAUCAUGGCUAUGCUGCUUCCUCUGGCCCUGGUGGUCGCUCUUUCCAUCAAAGCUCGCAGCAUGGCCACGAGCAACAACAGCUCGCCGCUCCUUCCGACUUCAACGGUCAUGCUUGCAACCAAAGGGCACAGCAGGGUCGGGAUACCUCCGUCGUGCUUGCCAACGACGAGGCCGAAGACGUUGCGGAUUCAAUCGAGCAUGACAACGCCAACGAAGAGGAAGUUGCCGAAGACGAAGUUCCUCCGAAGAACGAAGAGCGUGACUCCGAUCAAGAGUUUGCAGAAGAGGACGAGGAAGGAGCCGACGAAGACGAGGACGAGGAUGGGAACGGAAAGGACAAGAAACAGAAGCGCAAGCCAUACAGUCGCUCACGUAUGCUGAUCCGCUGGAACAGUAAGUCGGGAAUGGGAUCACCACAGCUCACCGCACACUGA